AGCGUGCUCUGAUAGUCGACAAGACGACACCCAUGGCAUACCUGUGUGCGUAUUUACAAAAGUUAAACAAUCGUAAUCUUAUGAACGACAAACAUAACCGUUAUAACAGAGUUAUAACUUUGUAUUGCACAAUAUAUUAGUGUGGAAUUUCAAUUGCUCGUUUUCACUUUCAUAUAAUACUCAACGGGUUGCAAACGAAGCACAGGAACUAGUCAUGGAGAAAUACUUGCCCAUUCUUGCAAUUAUGUCUUUUCUUGUUUCAACAUGCUCAGCUAUUGUCUGCGUCGGCAUGCCAGAUGGAGUCUACGAGACCAACUGUCAGGCUUUCACAAGAUGUGUCGGAGGGGAGACGGAGAUUGUCAACUGCGAGGGGGAAACUGCUUACAACCAAGAAACGAAACAAUGCCAGCGAAAAUGGGACGUCCCGCCCCCUUGCGGAACCUACCGCGAGUGUUCUGACCUGAAGGAUGGGUUCUAUCCAGACAUGGAGACCAACUGCCACUCGUACUAUAUUUGCGUGGGUGGGGCGUUCCUUGGCCACUCGCUUUGUCCUGCUGGUUUGGUAUACAACCGUUACCAGGGUGUCUGCGACUACAACUACAACGCCCCGCCCCCUUGCGGCAUCAACGCCACGGCUGCCCCCGGGAUAUAGAUGAUAACAAGCCAAAUAUUUUGAAAUCAUCAUAUUACAUACACUGAAAUGUCUUUGUUAGUUUGACGCGUGUAUUACUAACGACUGAUUUAUGUACUUUUCUCUCGAGUGUUGCGUACUAGUACAAUGUAUAUGAUAUUGGCUGAAACUUGUCUGGCUCUAUUUUAAGUAGCUAUGUGCGUUGUUUCUUGAAUUAUCACUUUGCACAUUACCUUGUCUAACUUGCUUUAGCUUAGAAAACAAAAUGUUCAAUUUUGUAACAGUAUUUUCUGAAUAAAUUUUCUAUUUCUA